AAAUGGUGUUGUUGAGCGUGGACACUUCAUCAUAAGAGAAGCACUUGUCAAGUCCUGUGAAGGGAAUGUCGAUUUAUGGCCAACCAAGGUCCAUCAUGCCUUCUUUGCAGACAAGGUCACUACUCGUCGUUCUACUGGAUUCAGCCCUUUUUAUCUGUUGCACGGAGUUGACUCACACUACCAUUUGAUCUGACAGAAGCGACUUUCCUUGUUCAUGGAUUCCAUACUGCAAUGUCAACAGAAGACCUCAUUGCUCUGCGCAUUCGUCAACUAGAAAAGAGACAGGAUGAUUUGCAACAAGCUGCACUCACUAUACGCAAAACUCGUCUCAGAUCUAAAGCGCAGUUUGAGAAACUCUAUGCACGAAGGAUGUUCAAGAACGAAUACCAGCCUGGAGAGCUUGUUCUAGUGCGGAAUACUCAGGUUGAGAAAGAGCUGGAUCGUAAAGCAAAGCCUCGUUACAAUGGCCCUUAUGAAGUUGUGCGACG